GGAUAUGUCAUAAGGCUUUAGUGACAUUCAAACGUGUGUCAAAGGAUUUUUUUAAAUUUCAAAAAUAAUGUAUUCUACAGUUGACUUGAAUAUCAGUGCUACAUUUUUUUCAAAAAACAUAGAUUAUUUUCAAGCGAAAAUCCAAGGAGGGAUUCUUAAAACGGCCGGCGCGUUUUUGUUCCACCAUUCGUCGUAAGAAGUGAGAUUUCUGCAGAAAUGUUUCCCGUAUUUACGUAAGCCACCAAUCGGAGGGGAAACUGGCCACCGACGCCGUUGCAACAAGCAACUUGCUUUCGGGUGGACAGUCUUAAUUCAACUUCUAACCGAGUCGGUUCGGGAUUAGUUUUCUUCUAGUGCAUCGCGCUCAUUAGCGUCACCCAACAUACGUACACACAUAUUCGCGUUGAUAGUCGCCGCGUGUUUCCACCUUACCGAAUACCAUUUUCAAGCGUGAAGUGAAAGUCUUCGCGACGAGUCUUAAAAUAUUGUAAUUAAUUAGAUAUUCGUCAAGUUUGUCUUCUUACUUCAUUACCUCCCGUUGCUUCCGUUAUUCGUCGAGGAACCAGGAACUAGACGAAGUGUUAAAAUUCUACAUACCGUACCAAGGAAACUCCUGUAGAAAAUAUGCCGAGCAGCAAGACCAGAAUUGCCAUAGUAGGUGGCGGUGUAGCCGGAUUGGUAGUAGCCCGUCAUACGGCCGCCAAGUUGGAUACUUAUAGUGUUACUUUAUUCGAGCAAACCGACCAGAUCGGCGGGACUUGGGUCUACACUGACGAAACCGAUUUCGACAAGCGUGGAUUAGCUGUUCAUAGUAGCAUGUACAAGAAUCUAAGAACGAAUCUUCCCCGGGAAAUUAUGCAAAUACCUGAUUUCCCAAUGAAAGAUGACGAAGGACCGUCAUUCGUUCAUCACAGUGUUAUUCGAGAAUAUCUCUGGGACUAUGCGAAGCAUUUUAACUUGUAUCCUCACAUAAAGCUAAAUACUCUGGUGAAGCACGUGGAGCCGGAAAAUCUUCAGAACGGACAGACAAUUUGGAUGAUCACGUACAAGGACUUUGAAACUAACGUAGAAACCACUAAAUCGUUCGACGCCGUAGUUCUGUGUAAUGGUCAUUACACUGUAGGUCAUAUUCCACGCAUUCCAGGUAUCGAAAGUUUUCACGGAGGAAGCAUACAUUCACAUCAGUACAGGGUAGCCGAAGUGUACGCUAGAAAGAAAGUUUGCAUCCUCGGUGCGUCUUGGUCCGGUAUCGACAUCACCUUAGAGGUCUCGCAAUACGCAGAAAAGGUAUAUUUAAGCCACAAUCUACCGGAACCGGUUGACACCAAAAUGUUGAAAAACGUGGAGCAGAGACCCGGAAUCCAUUCUAUUCAAGGGAACAUUUUCAUUUUCCGCGACGGUUCCAGGGCUGAAAUAGACAACUUUAUAUAUUGCACCGGAUACGAGUUCACGUAUCCCUUUAUGUCUGCUAAAGUCGAGAUGCGAACAGAGGAGAACCACGUCGAACCGAUUUAUAAACAUCUGAUACAUAUGGAUUAUCCGAAUUUGUUUAUCAUGGGACUGCCAGGAAUCGUAAUACCUUUCCCGAUGUUCCACCUACAAGCUCAAUACAUUCUGGGUAUUCUCGAAGGACAUAUCAAGUUACCUUCUUCCGAGCAAAUGAGGGAGGAAUACGAAGCGGAGAAGAAAGCUUUACUCGAUCAAGGCAUCGCCUUAAGGCACAUCAUUAAACUGAAGGAGAGACAAUGGGCAUAUUACGAUGAAAUUGCUGCGAUUGCAAAUGUCCCGAGCUUCCCUCCAGUGAUUAAGAAAAUCUACAACCACGCCAAUCAAAUGCGUGAAUUGGACUUUACUACUUACAAGAACUUACAGUAUAGAAUAAUCGACGACCAGAAUUUUGUAGUAUGUUGCUGUAAACCUUGUUAGGGUUUAAAGACUAAGAUUAAAUGGAAAUAAUUAAUUACAAAACGAAGGACAGGGAUCGAAAUUGCUCAAAGUCCGCAAUUGUUGCGCGUUCAGUGAUUACAUGAAUUUAUAAUUGUUUGUUGGAAUUAACGUUCAUGCUUUUUGACUUGGCAACAGCAUCCGAAGAGUACGAAAGAAGAUACAAUACCAAUAUUUACGAAGAAUGAUAUGUUAAAAUGUUAUAACUGCAAAACAUAACACAGUGUAUACACUUUACGAGUAGCUGUACAUUAUAUAAUGUAUUUGAUGCACUUUUCUAUCUCUUGUAAGAUAAACAUUGACAUGAUUUCUGACCAAUCAACGGAGAUUACGUCGUGUGUAUGUAUUAAUACAGAAAAUGUGCACAAGGAACGCUUCAAUUGCAUUGUAAUAAUGUUAAAUAUAACAAUAAACAAUGAAAUGUAGUUAUACGUAUAGUUAGUAUAACUCAUAAGUUAAAUUACAAUUGUGAAAUAUACUCAUUAUUUUUAAACAGA